UUAGGGUUUGAGUUUAGGGUUUGGGUGAUGAUGGCGUUCUUCAGUGGAGCUCAACGAUUUCUUCGCCAGUCUUCUUCAGUUGUGGCCUCCCACUUCACCUCUACUCGUUUCACUUCGACUCUUACUUCCCCAAAACUCUUCGUCAGCGGUCUUUCAAGACUGACAACAGAUGAAAAACUUACUGAAGCGUUUUCUCCUUUCGGGCAGCUGCUUGAAGCAAAGGUUAUAAUGGAUAGAGCCUCUGGACGGUCAAAGGGAUACGCAUUUGUAACUUAUGCGACCAUAGAAGAUGCUGAAAAGGCGAGAGCCGGAAUGAAUGCUAAAUUUAUUGAUGGAUGGGUUAUAUUUGUUGAUCCUGCCAAACCAAGAGAGCCUAGACCUCCUCAGCAGCCACAGUCUCAGCCCUCUGGAGCUGGUUUCACGGUUAACAAGACAAUUGGAUGGUGUGGUUGAUAUUCAUUAUUGAAUAAAAUAAACCUUUGGGAAGAGUUUCAAGUGUACCGGGACACCGAUAUUUCAGUUGUUUUAACCGUUGAUCUGAAUUAUAAAAAAUAUAUAUAAUAUAUAUUAAUUGAAAUCAACAGUUAAAACAACUGGAACACCGGUAUUCUCCGGUACACUUGAAAAUUUUCCAAACCUUUGAUUCUCAUGGUGUGAGAUUUCAAAAGACCAUAUAUAAUUUAACUCCGCCAAUUAUUAUAUACUACAGUUUCUGGAGGAAUUUUUGUAUCAAACAAUUAUAAUUUGUAACUGGGGAUUGUACUUUAGCCGCAAGUCAUUACUAUUCGGAAGAUUUUGAUGUCCAUUGAAAAUUAAAUGCACCACUUCUCAUGCUAAGAGGACAUGGAAACAACAUUAAGCUGCCUUUCU